AUGUCCAACCAACAGCACUCCGCCUUUGGUUCUGCUCACUUCAUUCCACCCGACCCCAUCUUCGAAGUCACCAAACGAUUCAAUGCGGAUCAAGACCCUCAAAAGGUGAAUCUUGGUCAAGGUACCUACCGAGACGAGAAUGCUAAGCCUUGGGUUCUACCGUCUGUGAGAGAAGCUGAGAAAUUGAUCGUCAAUUCUGGACACGAGUAUUUGCCUAUUGAAGGCCUACAGAGCUUUCGCGACGCAGCAAGUAAGUUGCUGUUUGACGGUACAUCUGCCUAUAAAGAGAACAGGAUAGCCACAUGUCAAUCGAUAUCUGGAACUGGGUCUUUGCUCCUCGCAGGUCUAGUCCUCCGAAAGGCAAACUCGGGCAUUGAGAAUGUCAUCAUCACGGAUCCAACGUGGUCAAACCAUGACUUGCUCUUCCAUGAAGUUGGCUUCAACGUCAUCAAAGCACCUUAUUACAAGGAUCGGUCUUUCGACUUUGAAGGUUACCUUCAUACCCUCAAAGCAGCUGACAAGCGUUCAGCCGUUGUUCUUCACGCAUGUGCUCACAAUCCAACCGGCUGCGACCCUACGCGUGAUCAAUGGAAAGAGAUUGCAGCAGUGAUUAAAAAGAAUGAAAUUUUCCCCAUAAUAGACUCAGCAUAUCUUGGCUUCAAUUCGGGUAACUACGAUGAAGAUGCGUGGGCUGUGAAGCACAUCAUUGAAGACCUGGGUCUCGAAGCAGCGGUUUGUUUGUCAUUUGCAAAGAACAUGGGUCUCUACGGCGAGCGUGUCGGCUUAACUGCCAUCGUCACAAAGUCAGAAGAGACGAAGAAAAUUGUGUUUUCACUACUUCAGCAAUCCCAGCGGCAAACCGUGUCCAAUCCACCCGUAUAUGGUGCUCGGAUUGCUGCCGCGGUUCUUAGCAAUCCUGAAACCCUGAAGCAAUGGCGUCAAGAUCUGGUCACAAUGUCUUCUCGUAUCAGGUCGAUGAGAAAGAGACUUUAUGACGAGUUGGUGAGACUCCAAACUCCGGGAGAUUGGUCUCAUAUCGUCAACCAGGCUGGUAUGUUUGGAUAUACUGGGAUAAGCAACCCGCAAAUUGAACGUCUAGAAGAGAAAUAUCAUAUUUACAUGGCGGAUACUUCAAGGAUUAGUCUAGCAGGCUUGAACGAGCACAACGUCGAGUAUGUGGCAAAGGCUCUUGAUAAGGUGGUCCGCGAUGUACAGUAG